GCAAAUUUGAUGUGUGCGCUCCUGUGCCGGCCGUAUGAUAUUUCAAAUACUUGUGUAGGUACAAUUUUGAUGCGAACAUCUGCAAGCAUUGCUGACGCUUGUCUAUCCUAUGAACAAUUGGCACCCUGUUUUAAGGAUAGUCACAUAUGUUACUAGUCUGCGUGGAUGACUUACAUAUUCUUUACAAGCUUGUAUUGAAUUUUUAUCCCCCAUACCUAACAAUAUUCAUUUGAUACAGUUUAAAGUUUGGGUAUAUUUGGUAAAUUAGAUUUUAUUUGAUAUACAUAAGGAUCCAACAUUUUCGACAAUGGAUAAAGAAAAGACGAACACCUUUAAAACCACUCAAAUGGAUUCCUUAGAAAAAUUAGCAGUUUCUCUCCCGUCGGCGGCUUUCGGCUUAGUUCCAUGUAGUGAAAAUAGGGACUUCGAUACACGUCUCUUAAAUAAGUUUCAAUCGGGAAGGAAGGGGUUUGGUUUGGUUAAGUCGUCACGUACUCUCUCGGAACCCACUAUACCAACAUCUAAAUCAUUGAAAAGUAUGACAACAUCCAAUUUCGUUUCUCCUACGUUUGCAAGGUAUAUGCCUUACUUUUUGUCAUCUCUCAGCGGUGAUUCAAGCUCGUCGACAACAAUGUCUUCUAUCUCUGUGUCGAAUUUAAGUGAUGAAUCCAGUAGUGUGAGACUUCCAUUGUCUCCAAGUCAACUGUCCUUACCAGAACCUCCAGAUGGAGGUUGGGGUUGGGUUGUUGUAAUCGCCACGUUUUUUGUACACAUGAUAACCGACGGUGUAAUAGUAUCGUUUGGCGUUUUUAUUGAAUCUCUCGUUGAGGAAUUCCAAGAUUCAAUGAGUGCUACUUCGUGGAUCGGGUCAUUUUCGUAUGGUAUUCCUGCACUCGCUGCCCCUUUGUCUUCGUUUCUGCUUAAUCGCUUUGGAUGUCGAGUGACGUGCAUGGUUGGUGGGCUGAUAAGCGGUCUAGGAUGUUUUGCUGGCGCCUUCACUAAUUCUAUAAUAUCGCUGGUCUUUUCGUUUGGCAUUUUAUCUGGUCUGGGUGCAAGUUUGUGCAUCACAUCAGCUCUUGUUGUUGUUUCUAUGUAUUUUGAUAACAGACGAGCUACUGCCACUGGAUUGUCCAUAGCAGGCACAGGUGUCGGUGCGCUUGUAUUUGCUCCAAUGGUAGACAUGCUACUGAAUAUUUAUACGUGGCGAGGGGCUAUGAUGAUACUGUCUGGGUUUUUCCUAAAUAUGAUAGUAUGUGGUGCUCUGAUGCGUCCUGUUGAAACUGACGUCGAAAAACGACAUAGACAACGUCUUGCUUGGUUGGAACACCUAGCUCGCGAGUCGGGCUUACCACCUUUUGAAAGUGCAGACUACUUGGAUAAGGAUGUGCUUGGUCGUAUAAAGUUGCUACGUGACCAUAUGUUAGCUCCUCGCAGAGUUACAUUGAGCUAUUUACACUCAACAAAUGAAAUCAAUAACAAGUUGAUUUCAUCUACUAGUUGUUUCAAAGUUCUAGAAAACAAGACGAAUUUAUCUAAAGAUAUUCUCCAAAUCCCCCCGAUCCACUCCAAAUCACAACCACUAAAUAAGAAAGCGCUACAAACCCAGGAUCAGGAUGUAUGGAAAGACGGUGCAUCCACAUUUAAAUCUCGAAAUGUGUCAGGGAACAAGAAAGUGUGUAGCUUCAUGCUCCAAUGUCCGGAAGUUAGGUCCGAUAUAGUUUCGUUCUCACCUUUAUUUCCUAUUGAGGAUUUUGAUUGUGGUGUACAAGAUAAAAGCCAUGAGGCAAAUAAUAAAUGUGAAAUUUACAAUACUAACGGAAGUCUUAAAUCGUUCAAGAACUUUAUUCAUUAUAACCAUGAAGACACUGUUUGUCCUAAGAAGGAUGAAGCAUGCGUUUUAAAUCAUUUUUGUCAAGACAAUCAGACGUAUAUGCGCGGUGAUUGCUGUGAAACCAGUUCCCUCAAUUUUACACAUAAUACCUCGCAGAGUUAUAAUCAGAAAAACAUUCUUCGAGGUUCUUCAUCUAGUUUACUUGAGUAUUAUCGCUCUACACAUCAGAGUUCAGUGAGUCUGCCGGAUCUUCAUCAUCUCAGAAGGGUGUACAAAACCGACACUUCUAGUGAAUCUGGUGUGUCAUCUCAAUGUUCGCUGAGGUACAAUUGUAGUUGUUUGGCGAAUAAAAAGUCAGGAUUAAAGUCGGUGGAUGGAGAUGAAAAAUGUCAGGAUAGGAGAAUAUAUUGUUGUAACUUCUGUACGGAAAUGUGUGCCGACAAACAUGAUAUUCUUCACCGUCUUUUUGAUCUGCGACUGUUUAGAAGACCUACCUUCGUUUUGUUUAUGGUUUCAAAUUUCUUACUCUACUUCUGGUACAAUGUUACAUAUUUUUUUAUGGGUGUGCGUGCUAUCAAUUAUGGUCUUAGUGAAACACUUGCAGCCCUUUUGUUUUCUGUUCUUGGUGGUGCUAACAUGGUUGGUGAGGUUUUAGCUGGAUUUUUGGCUGAUCGUGAUGGUGUCGAUUCUCUGACUCUAUAUUUCUUCAUGAUUCUUGCAUGUGGUGUGUCAACGUGUUUGAUGCCGUUACUUACUACGUUUAUGUCCAUGGCUGUUUAUUCUAGCGUGUUUGGUAUGGGAUUGGCCGCUAAUGAUGCUCUGUGCACUGUUCUGUUGGUAGAAUUUGUUGGACUCCAUCGCCUUACCAAUGGUCUUGGAAUUUGUUUUUUUUGUCAGGGUGUCGCCAAUAUUUUGGGACCGCCUCUUAUUGUGGCUACAUGGAUUCAAUACCUCAAUGGACAACGCGUUGGCCCUUGAAGCGAAAUGUAUUGGGUUCGAGUCUGUGUGGGCGUCAACACUGGAAUUUAGUUACAUCCAGCUGACGAGCCAAAGACAGGAUGAAACUCGCGUAUUGCAUUCCACUUCUAGUUAGGCACAAUUCAACUCUACUAAAAUGUGUAUGUGUUUCAUAAAAAUUUACAACUUUGCCUUUAACCCUAACGUCAAAAUUAAGUUCAUGUCACAUCCAGUAUAUUUAUUAUUAUGCAAGUUUAUAAAUCAUGGAUUGUACUUGACUGUACGAAUUAAAAAACGAUAAACAGGGAGUUGUGGAACUAGAUUUUGCCAUCAAGUUAAUGAUAUUCAUGAGUGAUAAAAGCAGGAUUUGAUUUUGACAACUUGAAUGCCUGUAGCUGUAGUCACAAGUAAAUUAUUCAGGGUUGGAAUCACUUCAUAUAAAAGAUAUCGUUUAGUGAGUCGAGCCCCUGACUUUUAGUCAAUAAAUCGCAGAUCUGAAUACACUGAACACUUAUUUUGCCUAGUGUAGCUGGAUAGUAUCGUUGAUUCCUAAAUUGAAAAUGUGACUUAAAUAUGAGUACUUUACAUCAUAUACUUUAAUAGAACAUGAUGGAUUUGUGGAUUUAUAGUGAGUGAAGUAUUACAGUGAUCUAUAGCUUCUACAGUCCUAACCACUUCAGAGAUAAAGAUAAGCUAUUGUAUUACUACAAUAAUAGUUUUAUCACUUUGUCUACAUGCAAUUCUAUUAAAAAUAAAAUAAAAGACUAUAAAUGCAAUCGCGCAUAACUUUUCCAUCAUAUCAUAAUAACAGUUGAGUUUGACUUAUUUUCAUGGUAUUAUCAAAUGAGUGUAUGAAUUCAUUAAUUAAACAAUCAUAUGCACACACAACAAGGUAACAGACCAGUUAGACAAUUAUAUUACAAUUCUCUUAACUAUUCCCAAGCCUUCGUUUAGAUAAUGUUAAUUGUGAUUUCUCUAUUCUUCUACUUCCUACUCCCAUCACAAGACAGAAAUAAAUAUUGCAAAUAAAUGACUAAAAUGAAAACCAGAACUCGCAAUUAAAAAAAUAAAAGCAAUCAGUUUUAGCAACUAAAUAAGAUGGAAACAUAAAGAAAACGGGUAACUAUGGCAACCGACUAACCGAGUUAUAACCGUGUGUAUACAUGGAUACAUAUAUUAGUUAUCGACUUGGUAACAGUUAAAAGUACAGUUAGGAAAUCUUAUCCUAGUGAUUAGCAUGUAUGGGAAAUUUAAGAGGGAGAGAGGGAGUAUAUAAAGCAGUCACAUGCAAACGACUGAUGACCUGAACACAUUUAUUCGUUUCAAUGAAAUUUUUGAAAUAAUAUAGUAAAGGUUCACUUUAUUUGUAGUAAAAAUAGGAAAAAGGAAUUGUGAAUUGGUUAAGGUGAUGGUAAUCAAAAAUUAGCUUUCAGAUUACGCCGAUCAGAAUGCACAAUAACUUUUUUCUGUCUUAGAUUUUCAUUUAUGUGGAUACAGAAAUGAGCAGCAUCGUAGAUUGUUAAAGGAAGUGUUCAUAAGUUAUCUAUAUGAUCGGCCAAUUUAGUCAGUAUGGUAUAGUUUUACUCACUGAGCUUCUUAUCAAGUAAGACUGUAAACACAAUAAUAGCUUUUUUCAAUUCGGACUGUUAAAGACUAGUGUGAUAAUAAAACUACGAUGUGUGAAGAUGUUCUGAAAUAUUGUCUUCAUCUUUUUUCUUCUUGAACUUUGCAGGACACAUUUGUCAUAGUCUAUAUUAUAAACCUGAAUUACACCGUAUUGUAGUAAUACUUCUCACAUUAUUUGCUAUUAGAUCUUACUCAAUUAAAAUGUAUAUUGACGAUAUAUAUUACCAUCAUUUUUAUGUACGUUUGAACUGUAUUACUUGAAAGUAUUAAAAAUUUGGCUUAUUUUUUUUCUACUAAUUAAAGAAUGCUAAUUGUAUGUACUCUUAAUUUUUUUUCUGUUAGUAAUUUACAUGCUGUUACUUCUCUUGUGUUUUAAAAGUUGAUAGAAGUUUCGUGUAAGUUCAAUUAUUUUUUUUAUUCGACGUGAAAAUACUUUUUGUUUGUAAAUGCUAAAUAUUGUUGUAAACACUUUUGUACUAUUUUUCAGUAAGUUGGAUUCUGUGUGAUUAAUUUGUGAAGUUUAAUGUGUCUGAUUAUCACAUUUUAUUUUUAAAUGCAUCGUUGAAGUUAGUGGAUCGGAUUAAAUAAAUAAUAAUUUAAAAAGCGUGGAAUAACGUCAUUAAUAUAAACUCCUCUUUAAUCGUUUUCACGUAUCGUACUUAAUUGUGUACUGGUAGCAGGUGGUUAACGGUAAAUGUUUCAAAUGUCUUUAUAUCAUCCCCAAUUCACUCAACUCAAGGGUUCUUUUUUGUUUGGGAAAAUCCUCAUAUGAUAUGAUAAACACAGUAGAUAAAGGUAUCUUAAAUCUGUCAUAUGAUUAUUACUUAAGGGACUAUGUGAAAUACUGUCCUGAAUAUCUACAGUGUUGUUUAUUAUCAUUAGAAAUGUUUUACGUAAUGUAUUGUCACUUUAACUUCACAAACAGGUACAAGGAGUAGAAUAGGUUCAGAUAGUCUCGUUGGCUAACUGUUCAUUUAUCAAAGUACAAUAAUUUCUCAACUUUGAAUUUCAGGAUAUGGUUGGUGAUACAUUCACACUGACCAUCCUACAAACGUCCAAAAAUUAUUUUUCAGUUUAAGUUAACAAAAGCUUAAUUAAAAAUUUUCAUGACUUAUGCUUAGUAAAUACUAUAUAUGCAUUUUUACUAGUUUGUAAAGCUUUGAAUCAUCUUCCACCAGGUGGUACACAUCCUUUUUCGGAAUUGUGUUUUUACACUGAGCUAAUAAAAAAAUUGUCUAUUAAAACUUGCCGAUUUAUCGUGUUCUAUUAUUUUUCGCUGUUUAAUGGUUUUUGAUUGCUCAUUUGCGUGGUGUUCACUUCUUUAUAUAACACCUUUCUAACCAAUUCUUGUUUUUAGUUUGAAUUGACAAUUUUUCACUUGUUCCAAUAAUCUCUCUUUCUCUUCAUUAAUUACCUAAACCUGUAGGAUAAAUCUUAAUCUAGUUGUCGAGCCUGAAAUUAGUUAACUUUACAGAAAGCUAUUAUCACUCAGUGUGUUUGUUUUUUUCUCAAAGCUUGAACUAAUCAAAAUGAAAAUGUUGCUUCCAAUUUCUAUUUUGCUUAUGAAUAUUUGUUAAAAAAUUUCGCAAAAUCAAAUAGUAUUGGGUUUUUAUUUCGGCAUUUUGUUUUUCAAACUCGUGAAAUUCUUCUAACUGAUUUUAUGACUAGUCGCUUAGUGAAGUACACAAAUUCUUAAUUAAGUUUAUUAUACUAUGGUAAAAAUAAGAACAUUAUUUUCAUGUGUGGUUAAGAACUUAUUCAAACUCAACCCUGUGGGUAAUCGAUUCUGAUAUACGAAUUCAUUAGAGAUGAAAGAUUUAGCCCAACUAUGCUUGUUUAGUUCUAUGCAACCGAGUAAUAUUGAGGUUAUGAAUGAUAAUGCAAAAUGCUUGAAUAGUGACUUGUUUCCUUUCAUUUACUAUUUUUCUUUUCCUGUACUAUCAGGUUAUAUAAUUGAUCUAACUCAGUCACAUGAUCCAGCCUUCAUUAUUUCUGGUUUGGGUAUGGUUUUGGCAGCAUUUUCAGUUGUUCCUAUUAUUAUACAGCAUUUUCGAAGAAGGCGUGCUCGCCGAUUACGUCGUUUACAACAAAAUUGUUCUGAAAUUGUAUUAGAAGCUCAAACGUAACAACGAUAAUGCUACUAUUACUACUACUACUACUACUACUACUACUACUACUACUAAUAAUAAUAAUAAUAAUAAUAAUAAUAAUAAUAAUAAUAAUGGUUUUUCUAUGAUUCAUCACAAUGACCACUACCUUAAAAGACGAUGUAAUAUUAUCUUGCUCAGAUUUUAUUAAUAGUCUUUUUUUCAACUAAUUCGUUAUAUUUUGUUUCCUCUCUUUUCUCGUUGGAUUGUAUCUUAGAUGUUUUGAAUGUUUAUUUCAGACUUGGUCCUGUCUUUUUCUUUGAGAUUACUUUUGAAAUCUACUGCUAUUAUUAUUUUUUUUUUCGAAAUAAACAUUGGUUUCACUUAUCAAUACAGUCCAUAAUGGCUGGUUUGAUUUUUAUUCGUUAAAAUUUAUACACAAAUUUGUUAAUUAACUAUCUGUUCAUCCAUUUUUGUUUGAAUCCGACAGUUUUAUGUGUUGUACACCAAUUCAAAAAAGUGCAUUAGUCAUAAAGAUUAUUCUUUAUUUUAUUCAACAAAAUAAUUAUAGCAUUUUACUCUGCUUAUAGAAGUUCAAAUUACAGUUACUUUCUUUUUAAACGAAAAUCAAAUACACAUACACAAAGAACUUUACAUUCCACUCAGAAAUAGAGUAUUGUUUACGAAUAUCAUUACUCAACUGCAAGCUCUUUUCGCUCCAUUGUAAGUGUGCUUCGUAUUGGCAUUCUCUCUUCUGAAAACACCUAUCGUUUUGUUUCUGUUGUUAUUUACAUCUUUACUUUCCUUAUAUUAAUCUCAGCCUGUUUGUAUACUUUACUUUGUAUCUUCUAUCUCUUCAUUAAACUUCUAUAAACACUAGACAUAAUGGUGUAACUUAUUAUUAUCAGUGAAUGUCAAUUCAGUGAGGGACAAAUGGUGCUUUCAUGACUCAAAUCUUUCUAUUGGUUACGGCUUAUUAUUAAUACAAUCGCAACCAAUACAGCUGCUUUGAUUAUUACUAUUAGCAAUUAUAAUAAUCGUUACAGCUGUUAAUAUCAUUCUUCUUAUUGGUAUAUUAAUAUUGUUGUCAUCCUUACUAUUAUUAUUUUUGUGGAACUUUAUUAGUAUUUAGAUUCACAGAUAAUGUCACACUAUUUUCAUACUUUACGCAUUCAAACAUAGUUAUUUUGUAUGUGGAUGUGAAAAAGAGGAAUUUAUUAUUAUAGCCGGUUUUGUUUCCUAUAUUCUUUCUUCAUCUUCUGAGAGAGAUAUUCUUAUUCAAUGUACAUUUUCAAUUGUUUGUUCACCACAUACAUAAGUUUAUUUUUCUCCAUACGUAGCAAAACAUUCGAUAAACACUGUAGACAAGUAAAUCUUUUAUAUAUAUAUGCUAAUGUUAUAUGAUUUUAUCAUUACGCAUUCAAAUAAUAAGGAAAAGUUGUAUUUAACAGGGAAUGUAGAUGUUUGUUUGUUUUAUGUCAACCAAUACGAAAAUUAUUGUGGAUGAAAAAAUAGAAAUAAACAUUCUCUUAGUGUAUAUCAAUUUUUACAGUUGACUGUACUUUGGCAAAUACCCAAAUAUAAUUUUGAUGAAACGGAUUCUUAAUAAACUUUACUAAAUCAUACGUUGUUCUAUCCAUAAGUUUCAUUACAAUGAGUUUAGAAUAUGUAUGUUCACCUGUUUAUUUUGUAUACUGAUCAAUCAGUUGAAAUCCAAAAAUAAUUUGUCUCAAACAUAUACGAUAAACAUUAGCAGAAAAAUAGAUUUGUCUAUCUACUGGAUAACAG